AGCUGGAGAGAGAGAGAAGCUGAACCUUAACUGGAAGAGAAAUUCAGGGAGGAAGAGCAGCAGAAAGUAGAGCUGGGAGCUGAGGCUGCAGGGGACUAGGGAAGAUGAGCAUGUUGGUGCUGAUCAAUAAGUUGCUGGACUGGUUCAAGUCCCUGUUCUGGAAGGAAGAGAUGGAGCUGACCCUGGUCGGGCUGCAGUACUCGGGCAAGACGACGUUUGUGAAUGUGAUCGCGUCUGGUCAAUUCACUGAAGAUAUGAUUCCAACUGUGGGAUUCAACAUGAGGAAACUAACAAAAGGAAAUGUCACGAUUAAGAUUUGGGAUAUUGGUGGUCAGCCAAGAUUCCGAAGUAUGUGGGAACGUUACUGCAGAGGAGUCAAUGCUAUUGUCUACAUGGUGGAUGCUGCAGACUUUGAAAAGAUUGAAGCUUCAAAGAAUGAACUUCACAAUUUAUUAGACAAGCCACAGUUGCAAGGAAUUCCAGUGUUAGUCUUGGGAAAUAAGAGAGACCUUCCUAAUGCCUUGGAUGAGAAACAGUUGAUUGAAAAAAUGAACCUAUCUGCUAUCCAGGAUCGAGAAAUCUGUUGUUAUUCUGUGUCCUGCAAAGAGAAGGAUAACAUUGACAUUACACUACAGUGGCUUAUUCAGCACUCCAAAUCGAGGCACUGCUGAGGUUGGUCUCCUGUAAUAGAAGAUUGUAAACAGCCUAUCCAUCCUAUGUACCUGGAAAGAAGUAUGGAAGAACAAAGCCUAACUCAGCUGGGCCUGAGUCUUUCAUUCCCAGUUCUUGUUAAUAUGGACCUCUUCUUUGCGUUCCUUUGACUUUCGGUCAUUUUCUACGUUUAAAGAAAAUUUGUGCCAUUAAAAAGUAAUGCAGAGUAAUCAUAAACUAUUUCUGUAAGCCUCAGGCACAUGGCUUCAUUAUUUGAAUGAUGCCUCUUUAAAAAAAACUACAAAAAACUGCCUAAGUCCUUUUUAAUAGCCUGCUAUACUGUUGUAUCUUUUUCAUUUUGCAUGUGAUGUAUUCAAAUAAGGCAGUAUUUCUAUGUAUGAUUACUGAUCAAAAAAUUCAGCCCUAUUUAUAAUAACUAUGGUUUGCUUGAGCAACAGUGAAGACAUGUUCCUGCUAUAUUAAAAGUAGUUAUGUGGAAACAGGAGCAGGACAACAAAACCUUGUUGAUUGUUGGGGAUGUUUUCACUUCCCAAUUUUGACACCGUCAUAGAUUGCACUUUAAUACUAACACUAAGAUAGUUCUUUCAAAUGGUUUACUUCCCCUCAAGGACCAACUACACCCACAGGAUGUCAGGGAAAUUCAACAAACUUUUUCUUCAUAGCUUAUUUUAAAUUUCUUUUAAAUUAUGUGCAUUCAGAAGGAUGGCAGCCACAAAGAUAACCUAAUGAGUUGACAUUGAUUUGAAGGAAGACUGGAGAUUGAUUUUGUGUGCCAGUGGUGUCACCAUUCCAAGUUUCAUCUGUUAUUCCAUGGAUCUCAAUGUGAGAACAGCACCAGAUAGGCCUACUAUUAAUGUUUUAGUAGCUACGGAACACCUGACAACAUCAGACGCCACCAAGUGUAGCCCGAUGGCUUCUGAGUUGUAUCAGAAUAAGAGUAAACUGGAAAUGCAUCCAACAAUUGCUCGAAAGUUAGUGCAGUUUGAUGGU